ACCAUGUAGAAAAAUACCUUUGACAUAACAUUCUUAUGUUAAAAACUUAAAUGAUCACAAAAACAUACCAUAAUUGUGCAACCGGCUUGAUAAAUCAACGCUGAGAUGUCAAUUCAUAGCAGCCGCCAUGUUGUAAUUUGCAGUUGUGAACUCUUCAAAAGGAGGUUGUCUGCAAAUCGAAGAUGGACACCGAUGACAAUUGCAUCAUAGCUGGUGAUGAAUCAGCGCAUUCUGACGGAAGAAAUGCGCAGAGUGGUCAUUCAAAUCCGUUUUCUAACGUCGGACAAGAUAUUGAUGAAGAACAACUAAAGAAGUGGACAAAAGAGAAUAAACGAGUGCGUGGAUUGGUUCAGAUGUCUGAUGAGGAAGAUGAUGAAAGUUUUAUGAUUGAUGAAUCAUUGUUGGUAACAGAUGUUACAGCGGACACCUUUAGUUUUGAUUUACCAUCAACAUCUGGCAGCGAAGAAGUCAAUACUGCAAAGCAGCCCUCAACUUCUCAAGGCAGUUCAACUAUGCUUGGUCUACCUGUAAGCACAGACCUGACCCUGCAGUACUUGUCAGGGAAGAUCACGUUCCUUGAGUUCAGUGAUGCCAUGGAAAGAGCAAACACAAGUGUUGACAAUGAGAUCCACAUUGAAAUUGUUAGUGCUGAACCUCCUGAUGGUGGCAACGAUGAUGAUGGUGGUGAAGAUGAUGUUGCUGAAGGUGAUGAUGUUGCUGAUGCUGAUGCUCCUAAAAAAAGCAAAAAAGAAAUUGGAGUACAACCUGUGAAGAAGAGGAAGAAAAUGGCGAGGCGAUGUGACCUGCCGAAGGAGCUGCUGAGUCACAUGGGCGAGGUGAACAUCAUGUUUGCACGGGGCCAGCAUGACGAGGCUAUCAAGGAGUGCCUGGAGAUCAUCCGCAUGGCUCCCAAUGCUAACAAGCCAUUCCAGACGCUGGGUAUGAUCUAUGAAGACUUGGGGGACACGCACAAAGCCCUGUAUUACUUCCUUAUUGCUGCAUAUCUGGACUCACAAAAUUUCGAGGAAUGGCUUCGUCUGGCUGAAAUGUGCAUGGAGCAGGGUGACUAUGAACAGGCUGCCAAAUGUUAUUCCCAAGGUGCGCGGGGUAAAGGUGACAUGAAGAAGCGAUGUAUUUAUCAGCGGUGCCAGCUGUAUGAGCGGCUGGGAGACAAGAAGAAGGCCAUUGAAGGGUACCUCACCCUGCUGCCCCUGCUCACGUCAGAGGCUGAGACUGAACAGUACUUCAAGCUUGCAUGGUCCAUUGCUCGGAAUUUCUACGACUCGGGUGAAAAGUCGCGGUCUAUUGAUAUUAUGGCAACAGCAUUCAAAGAACACCCCAACGUGAUAACUUCUGAAGAUGUUAACCUUUUCCUAGAUAUGCAGAUUCCUGAGAAAAUGUACAUAGAAAGUAUUGCAGUGAUUGUCAAACACUGUGGGGUAUGUGUGCACUUUGCUGGUGGGAGUGUGUGGGAUAGCACCCACAACAUUGACAUCGACACAAUCACGGAUAGGACCAUUUCAAGUACUAAGAUACCAGACAUUUUGCCAAUCGAUCUCCGAGUAAAACUUUCUAUCUGCCUAAUCCACCUUAAGUACAAGGAGGUGUCCAAGCCCGUGAUUGCUCCACUGUUUGAAGAAGAUGUGGAGACCAAUGGAGACCUUUUCCUGGAUAUAGCGGAGGCCUACAUGGACAAUGGCUACUUCAAGCAGGCUCUGCCCAUCCUGAAAACACUGGUCCAGUCCAAAAACUACAACCUGGCUGCCGUGUUGCUCCGGUACGCUGAAUGCCUGAAGAGUCUCAAGGACAUCCACGGGUCAGUGCAGGCGUACCAAUGUGUUGUGAGGCUGGCUCCGUCUCACAUCGGCGCCAGGAUGUCACUGUCCGCCCUUCAGCAGCAGCUUGGCAAGCAUGAUGAGGCUUUAGAAGCCCUUGAACAUGAAGAUGUUGAGGAACGCACUCUUACUAAAGAGGAGCAGCAGAUGUUGCGACAGAAGUGCUUCCUGCUGAUAAGCCAGGGCAAGUUGGAUGACCUGGUAGUCACCCUCAAACAGCUGCUCUUCCAAGAGUGGAAAACCAUGGAGGCAGAAAACAUGACCAAUCUUCAAGCCAUACGGACAUACAAGCACAGAAAGGACACCCUUAUUGCCCACUUCAAUAGCAAGCUCAAGGAGUCUGGAAACUGGUAUCGUAAUGUGUUGAAAAUGCAAAUUGCUUAUAAGCAUCUGAUAAACUUUGAUGAUUUAUGGGAUCUGUUUGUGAAGGUUAGUGAUUUACUGAUUAAAGCUGGCAAGCUAGUGGAGUUUGAUGAGAUUACCUUCCUGGGAAUGCUGUGUCCGGUAUUUCACGACUUUGAACGACCCAAUCCAAAAUUUGAGUGGCUCAUUUUGUCUUCAUCCAUUUUGACAAGGAAUUCCACGAAAGCCUACACAUUUGCAAAGCAUAUUGUCAUUGAGAACCUGGAGUCUACUCACGCGUGGAACAUGUUCAUGCAGGCCGUCAUGGUGUGCAAUGACAACAGACAUAACCGCUUCCUGCUCCGUAAAAUCAUCAACGAACCCAAUAACGUACCCCUGGGACUCAUGAACGGUCACACAUCCAUGAGUUCUGGCUCAUACAAACAUUCUCUAGGUGAAUAUGGGAACGUGUUCAAGCGUACACCCACUGACCCGAUGGUGAGCCUCUGUCUAGGAUUGGACUUUGUGCACAUUGCGUCUCAACGGUUCUCCGCUAAACGGCAGUAUCUCAUAGCCCAGGGCAUGGCAUUUCUGCACAACUAUAUGGAACUGCGAGGGCCAUGUCAGGAGACCUAUUACAAUCUGGGACGAGCUCUUCAGCAGCUGAACAUCUUGUAUGCAGCAGUCCAUUACUACCGGAAAGCUCUUGAAUACCCUCCAGCAAUCGGGGAGAGGGGCGGCAUGUUUGACUUGACGCAAGAGAUAGCAUACAAUCUGGCUCUGAUUUACCAAACCAGUGGAUCGGUAGACUAUGCUAGGUACAUACUCUGGAAGUACUGUGUGAUAUGAGUGAUUUUAUUCUACUGUCAGGAUUGUGGUGUUUUGCUACUACCAGUCUUACAGUGAGUGGAGUAACUGUCAUUCAGGUGUAACCAGAAACCGCCGUUCAUCUAGAUGCAACAGACGUAAAGGUGUAGUGGAAUUUUCUACACACAUUUGUUUAUGGUGUAAGGAGUGUGUUUUGUUUGCAUAAGUAGCAUGUACAUGUUAUGUGUUACUUUAAACAUGUGCCCAGAGCAUCUGCUGUACAUAUUACAGGGCAUGUUUGACUUGACGCAAGAGAUAGCAUACAAUCUGGCUCUGAUUUACCAAACCAGUGGAUUGGUAGACUAUGCUAGGUACAUUCUCUGGAAGUACUGUGUGAUAUGAGUGAUUUUAUUCUACUGUCAGGAUUGUGGUGUUUUGCUACUACCAGUCUUACAGUGAGUGGAGUAACUGUCAUUCAGGUGUAACCAGAAACCGCUGUUCAUCUAGAUGCAACAGACGUAAAGGUGUAGUGGAAUUUUUUACACACAUUUGUUUAUGGUGUAAGGAGUGUUUUGUUUGCAUAAGUAGCAUGUACAUGUUAUGUGUUACUUUAAACAUGUGCCCAGAGCAUCUGCUGUACUUGUGUUGGAAUAAUCAAUGAAACAUGUAAAGAGCAACUUUUAGUGUAUGGAACAAGUGUUAAGAGCCUUCACUAGCAUGGUAUUCAUUGUGUACAUAUUGGGAGAAAGAUUGAUACUGCAGAAGGAUUUAUCAACAAAUGCAAAACAUUUCUAUGAAUCAGCUGUUAUAUACCUGCGCUGAAUUCAAGAAACAGACAUGAAGUGUAUGAACUUUUUAUGCCCCCGAAGGAGGGCAUAUAGUGAUCGGACUGUCCGUCACACUUUGCGUUUAGGUUUCGAAAAAUAUUCAUAACUUCUAUGUCACUUCAGAUAUCAAUUUCAUAUUUGGCAUGCAUGUAUAUAUGGACAAGGCCUUUCCAUACGCACCCAAAUUUUGACCCCUGUGACCUUGACCUUGAACUAAGGGUCCACGUUUAGGUUUCAAAAUCUGCAUUUAGGUUUUGAAAAAAGCUCAUAACUUCUAUCAAGCUAUGAUGACAGCUCUUGUUAUUAUCGAAAGAAAAAGCAGCAACAGUAUGGUAUGGGUGAUUGGUUUAUUUGUGAGGAGUAAUCAUUUAACAUUUAGAGAGAAUCGUCUUACACAUGUAAGAACCAGUUAAGAAACAUUUCUACCGACAGAUAAUUGCAGCCGAAUAUUGUGUUAUGUCUGUUUAACUAUGAGAAAUAAUUUGCAUCAUAAAAUGACGACAGAAUAGAAGUGAGUUUAGAGUUGUACAUGUGUUGGUCAAUAUGUGGUGUACAGCACCACAUUCAAAGAUUGAUGAUGAUAAUUUAGUAUGCAACUAAGUAGUGUGUUGUCUAUGAAUGUGGUUUGGAAUUAUUACAUAUCUGAUGUGCAUCAGUGUGAAUAAUAAUAUUUAAUCCUUUACUA